UCUCGGCCGGAUCGCAGAAGCAUCUCUGCUGUACAUUUUGAUCGAGAUCCAAGACCAAACCAUGUUCCUACCGAUCCUACGUCUAAGCUAGACGGAGGAGAGCUUGCAGCUAGCUCAAUCGAAGGCAACAGGCGUACGUGUCACGGUGUCAGUGUGUCACUCAAUUCCCGAGAGCCAAACUCACGGGCCUGUACGUACGCAAGCGCGGUGCGCCCACGCCACGACAUCACCUGCCGGCGCCGAAACUGGCUGACCUCUGGAAUUCUUCAAUUCGCAGGGGCGCGCAUAAAUAACACGCCGGUGCAAACCCAUUCGCUCGUCAUACAUCAGUCGCUAAUUAUAUCAAAUCACGUACACGAGCCAAGGGAGGAAUAAGCCAGAGCACGUACAUACGUGUCCGCUGUGUGAACUUCCAUGGAUCAAGACGUCCGCGGUUGGAGGCAUCCGUUUCCUGAGACGCCGUCGGCCAUGGGGCACGUGGACAGCACCGGCGCGUUCCUCCACGACCUGGAGGCGCUGGAUCAGCAGCAGGAGCAGGAGCAGGAGCAAGAACAAGAGGAGAUCAUUGACUACGAGCCUGAGUCGAUCGAGAUCUCCGACCUGAAGAAGCGCAUGUGGAAGGACCAGAUGCGUCUGAUGAAGCUGGAGGGCCGUGCUGGAAACAGGGGCGCCGUGCCGCCGGUGCCUGCUGGUGAUGCUAGGCCAUCGGCGGAGGAGCAGGAGCAAGAGGACAGCCCCGACGUGAGGUGCCGGCGCAAGGCGAUGCUCCGCGCCCAGGACGGCGUGCUGCGUCACAUGCUGAAGAUGAUGGAGGCCUGCAACGCGCGCGGGUUCGUGUACGGCGUCAUCGACGAGGCCGGCGAGCCCAUGUCCGGCUCCUCCGACAGCCUCCGCGGCUGGUGGAAGGACAACGUCAUCUUCGACCGCACAGGGCCGAUGGCCCUCGCAGCCGGCCUCUCCGGCGACACCAACAGCAGCCCGCUGGGCCUGGCCUCUUACCUCCACCGGCUCCAGGGGAUCCAGGACAACACGCUGGGCUCCGUGCUCUCGGCGCUCAUCCAGCACUGCGAGCCCCCGCAGCGGAACUUCCCCCUGGAGCGCGGGCUGGCGCCGCCGUGGUGGCCCACGGGGAAGGAGCCCUGGUGGGGCACGCAGGGCGAGAUGCAGGCCCACCAGGGCGCGCCGCCGUACCGGAAGCCGCACGACCUCAAGAAGGCCUGGAAGAUCUCCCUGCUCAGCGCCGUGAUCAAGCACAUGAGCCCGCGGUUCGACCAGAUGCGCAGGCUCGUGUGGCAGUCCAAGCGCCUGCAGCAGAAGAUGAGCGCCAGGGAGUCGGAGACCUGGUCCAAGGUGCUCCGGCAGGAGGAGGCGCUCAACCGGCGGUUCAAGAACUCGCUGCAGAUCACGCCUCUUGACGGCGACGAUGAGGAUGAUGGGGAUACUGCUGACGGCCUGGAAGACGUGGUGCGCGGCGCGCGUGACAAGCGCAGGUGCGCGACGACUGUCCCGAGCAGCGGCGGCGGCGGCGGCUCCGGAGCCGGCGGGAAGUGGCCAAGAAUACCAAGAGGCGGGGGCGAGCAGCUGGCCGACGUCCAGGCGGAAGAGAGCCCGAUCAAUGAGCUUAUGGAGCUCUACUACAACUGCCUGCAGGGUGACGACGACGACGGCCAGGAGAAGCACGAUGUGGCCGUGGUACCCCUCGGAGUUCCUGGAGGCGUAGUCGAUGAUGCGGCGCAGCAGUUCCUGCUGGAUAUCCUCGGGACCUGCCCGGAAGUAGAUCGCGUGUUGCGCUUGAUGGAGGAGUGACGUACUGCCGCUCUGUUUCCUGUUUCCUGGGGAUGUCGUCCAGGCCUGCAUUCUUUCUUUCUGACAAGGUGACGAGUUGGCGAAUCAGAAAUUGUUGGGUGGGUUAGCGAGGAACAUCCUGGCUCGAAUAGAUUUUCGGUUUUCCUAUAUAUCAGUGGUGUGAUUUUUAGUUAGAGAUAAGUUGACCGUUGAAUAUGAUUUGUGUUUUAAUAUUCAAAACGGGAUACUAAUUCAACGGUUCUGAUUCAUCAACUUAGAUUUAAGCCUUUUGCUUAUUAGUCAGGCAACUUAGACAUAGCCACACCCGAUUAAUGGUAAUACCAGGAUAUUUAUAUACAUGAAUUUUAGCCA